UGUGAGGCGGCAUGCGUGGCUGAAGGACACAGCGCUGCGCUCUGCUGUGGUGUAGCGCGCUGCCGAGAGAGUUGGAGAGCCCGAUCCGAUAGGGGGGAUAGAUAGACUCACUGCACUCACUCCCUCCCUCCUUCCCUCUCUCUCUCUCUCUCCUCUUUCUUUGUGUCCCUGUCUGUCUCUCUAUCCCCGCGCUCCCUCGUUCAUGAAUGUCACCUCUAUCUCUGGGAAAAGCUGGAUUUAUCAAGCCCUUGUCUUUUUCCCCCUUCUUCUCUCAGGGUGCGGGUGAACGCAAGGGUGAUGCCAGGAGAGCUUAAAAGACAGCGAGGGGGAAACAAGCCGCACUCUGUCCGGCAGCGUCCAUCCACAUCCCUUCGUCCUCGUCCCAGCUUGCGGAGCUGAUACCUCAGGUCGGACAGUCCCUACUUCUUCUUCGACUUCUCUGUCACUGUUUCGGAUGGAGAAAUUUCACAGGUGAGAGACAGAAGAAAAAAGGAGCUGCAGUGUGCCCCGGCAGAGUCACUUCUGUGAUUGUGGAGAGUUGAUAUUCAGACGUUUUUCACCCCACCUGAAUCGAUUCAGGCUUCUGAUCUGUGGGGCUGUGCGGGCUAAGAGGACUAAAUGUGAUUUUUGUUCGGGGUCUGGUUUCAUCAUGCAGCGAAUGGUUCUGAUGCCGAACCUUUUUGGAUGGGAUGAUUGAGUCAAACUUCACUGGAGCUCCGGGGUACACUGGGACUGGGACAGAGGCACUGGGACACAAUUAGCUACGGUGCAUUGGUUUUUGGGUGGAUAACAACAUGACUUGUCCCAACAGAAGAACUGUGACGUAUCGGGGCUUCACCUGAACCUCACUCCUAACCAGAAAACAAACAACCGGAAGGACAUCAAGGACAUCAAUCCAAACCUCAACAAGCACCAGUUGUCAGUUUUGGGUAGGCCUUUCAGGGAUCCACCCUUAUUUCCUCCACCUCCUCCUCUUCUUCCCUUCCUCUCCCUCUUUUUCUGCCUGUCCACCCAUCACUUCGGUCCAUCCACAGAAGCUCCCUCCUCCGCUCUGCACCCCUCCCUCAGCGGUGCUCCGUCGCCCUGGGUGAGUGGGCAGGGGGGUGGCCCACGGUACCCCCCGACACCUGGGCGCCACCGAGCCGCCAGAGGCUGGUGAGGCGGCGGCAGGGUCAGCGCUGGGAAGAUGGCCGCUCUCGCCAGCUCCCUUAUUCGCCAGCGCAGGGAGGUCAAGGACCCCCAGGCAAACCGGCAGGUCGCCAGCAAACGCAAGCCCUGCCCAAAGAGCAACAAGUCGCUUUGCCAGAAGCAAAUUCUCAUAUUAAUAUCGAAGGUUCGACUAUGUGGCAGUCGAGGGAGAAAAAUGGAGAAAAGACCAGAGCCCCAGCUGAAGGGCAUCGUCACGCGGCUUUACUGCAGACACGGCUUCUACCUCCAGAUGCUGCCGGAUGGCACCAUGGAAGGCACAAAGGACGAAAGCAGCUCCUUCUUGCAGUUCAACUUGAUUCCUGUGGGGCUCAGGAUAGUGGCCAUCCAGAGCACCAAGACAGGGCUCUACGUUGCCAUGAACAGCGAGGGCUACCUCUACACUUCGGAACACUUCACGCCAGAGUGUAAGUUUAAGGAGAGUGUGUUUGAGAACUACUACGUCACCUACUCAUCCAUCCUGUACAGACAGACCCAGUCGGGCCGGGCGUGGUACAUCGGUAUCAACCGAGACGGACAGGUCAUGAAAGGGAACCGUGUCAAGAAGACGAAGGGAGCUGCGCACUUCCUGCCCAAACUCAUUGAAGUGGCCAUGUACAGGGAGCCCUCUCUACACGACGUUGCUGAGCAGAGCCCGCCCAGGAAAACGCCCAAGACCUCCAGUGACUCGCCCGUGCUCCAGAACGGCAAGAAGGACGCUCAAUCCAAAACCAAAACCUCCUCUUCCUAGCGCUUAGAGACACGGGUGGGAGGAGGGUUGGAGGACACGGGGCACUGGACACCAGCGGACACCUGAAUCGGGUUGUUAGGGCUACCCCCACAAACACACACACACACACACACACAGACACUUGCUACCUGCAACACUGACCCCACCCAAGAACUACCAUAAUGCACUGAUGUAAAAGUUGGAGAAAAAGAGCAGGUCCAUGCAGAGUGGAGCUGGCAAAUGGGAAGCCCCCUUUUACCUUCACGGACUCCCCAUCCACACCUGACCUCCACCUUCUUCUUUAAUAUCCUCUGUGAUUAUCAAAGCCUGGGAUACAAAAGCAAUAACUCCACAGAGAGGUGAACAGUCAUCAUAUAGCAUGUCACCGCAGCGUGUUCAACCGUGCUGGAAGGAAAUCCCCCACACCCACUCGCCAUCAUCAGCGACGUCCUUCCAGCCAACCAAAUAUCAGAACAAAGUCUUCCGGGGUGCAGCGGUCAAAUCCGUCCCACUGCAGCACACACUUCACAAAUAGGUUGUGUUUUUAUUUCCCCACAGGGUUCCAUGCUAAUGUUAGCCUGACACGGAGCCAUGCUAAUGCGAGGCUGUCACACAGACCCUUGCGGACUUUUGUUCUGCAGCCAUCUGCUCAGUCCACAUCUUCUGUGUGUGUCAGCGACUUUCUAAGAUGGCCUGGAUACUUGUCAGCCCUGCUUAUGUGUGUGUGUUUGUGUGUGUGUGUGUGUUCCCUUCUUCUUCCAUUCACCUUUGGUGAGAUUUGAUUAGUUUGUGACAUGGACUCAAUUUUCCACUCGGCGGCACAAGAAAACCCCUCCCGUCCUCUCCAGCUCUCUUAAUGGAGUCUGGGGCUGAUCAGAAUCUUUCGACCCUUAAACGAGGGGCCAAGAGCUCCCUCGGCACACUGCGUAACCACACACACACACACACUCAUUAUUACACUGACAUUUACACACACACACACAAGCAGAGGUGUGUGAUACUGUGAGCACACACUUUAGCACCAUGAUAUCCAUGAGCGACGACCGCAGAAAAUGAUCUCACGACUUAACGCACGAUGACAUUAACACACACACACACUCACAAAUGCACAUGUUUACGUGGUGGAGAGUGUGUGUGCGGGUUGUGGGAGAUGAUGAGGAGAUCAUCAGUGAAAUGGGGUACUGAUGGAGCCUGACUGUGUAGCUUGUGAUUGCACUGCAAUAGCUUUUUUCACUGUGGCUGGCCAUGCAUCACACAAACCCCCGAGGCCCGCACAGUAUCUGUGGAGCCUCUAUCACUCACUGUGGUACUCCUGUCUAAAAAAUACAUGUAUUUAAUUACUGCAUCCAUAUUGUGCUACCACCUUUUGAUGAUUUUUUUAAGAAAAUAUUUUGCAUAAGAUAACAGUUUACCCCAUCACUGUCCCAAUCUGCUGUAUGGAUCUGUAUGUGGGCUGUUUUGUAAAGGGGAGUACCACUGCAAAACAGCUGUAUCGUGUCUUCCGUGGCUCUGGAGGAGUCUGAAAAAGUCCUCUAGUGACAUCACUUGAGCCAUUUGGGUUGGGAUUGGAGACAAAGCCCAUGCAAACCUGGAUCUCUUCAAGACCCACUUGACUUAACCCAACUGGUACUGCCUGAUGGUUACAUAGAGCUCAAUUUUUUGCUUAAUUUAAUUCCUUCUGACUGUUUUCAACACAUUUGCUACACUAGCUGUGUCCCAAAUUCAUGUGUGUUAUGCUAGUAGCUGCUAACAUAGCCUCAAACCACCUCCAGCCUCAAACAGAGCUAGGGAGUAGGUUACAGAGAAGUCAAUUACUCCACAGCCCCAGAUUCUUUUCCAUUUCAACCUUCGAAGUCUUCAGCCCCAACUAAAGGUGACUCAAGUGACAUCACUCGAGGCAGCUCGAUCUGGAACCACUUUUUUCACGUAAGCAGUUGUACUCCUCAUGUGUAAGAAUCACCUUAACAUGUUACAAAAUGUGUAAACCUGAACCUGACACGAGCCCAAAGGUUUACACAACAGAAUUCACCUCGUUAGGAGGCAGAGCUCAAGUGUGGGUUGUGAAAUAUGCGGGUCUAAUGAAAGAUGAUAUCACAUUGCAUUAUGGGUAGUGUAGGAUCCUGUGUUUGUUUUUUGUUUUUUUUUUGGAGCUAAAAGUCAGGAGCCCUCGGCCUCUGCUGGCUUUAUAUUUGACCAUUAUUUUUUAAUCUGUCUUUUGCUAGUCCCACAACUUUAUGCACGGCAAUAUUAAAAGACUGGGAUGGUCCUUUUAAUUCUUUAUUUACAUAAUGGAUUAUUCAAGUGACAAAACCAUGCUUGACAAGAAUCACAUCCAUGUAUAAAUUACUACUUUCUAGUUUGAAUGCUUACAACUGAGCAGCUUUUUACCAUAAAUCUCUCCUGGAGACUUUGGUUAUGAUGCAAAGGAAUUCAAGCCUUCUUUACUUGUUAUUUUGUACUAUUAUGAUUGAAAGUUCCUAGAUUUGAAUUACUGUGACUGUUUUGUUAGGAGGAAAAAUAAGAAACCAAAGUCAUAUAUGGAUAAUUAGAUUGAUAGCUAUGGUACGUAAGAAGGGUUGGAGAUAUAGAUAAGAUCGUUGAUCACAUCUUUUCCAGUGUUGAUCUGCUCCGGCAAAGAAAGUAACUAUUUAAAACAUUUCACUAUUCUCGCGCAGCAGACUUUGUUUUGUGCGUUUCCAUUUGUAUUUUCCAUUCAACACGAAAAGCAAUCAUUUUUCAUUUCAAACUUUCUUGGUACAAUAUGCCAUGCAGGGUAAUUGUUUCUGCCUAAUGUUUAUGUAUUGUGGAAAGCGAGGGAGUCCUGUGUGUUCAGGAGGCAGAGCCGAGGCUAGAUUGAUGAUCAGGGCCCGGAAAAGAGGGAUGCACCAAAGAAAAGAAGACGGAGAAAGAGAGAGAUUUUUUUUUUUCCCGGGAAAAUCAUUUGCGGUGAUGAGAACAGAAAGAGUUUUUAAGAGGGAAUUAUGGUAAUGUGGAGAGAGUUCCCCCGGACACGCGCACAUUUACACACAAUUCCCGUUUCAUGCAUAAUCCUCCGAUCCCCUGUAACCUGUGGUUGUAAAUAAUAAUAGCUGAUAACCUGUGCAGAACAGGGCCAAGCUGCCGAGCAAAGUAAUCUGCUAAGUGAGAGAUGAAGCAAACUUUACUCCUGCUUGGCUGAAGAGAAAACAUGAGAGAUGAAUGAAAAGAGGUAGUUUGAGAGGGGAACACUGGGGAACAGAGAAACGUUCAGUUAAAUGACUAGCAACCCAGUACAGAGUUAUUCCCAUUCUUUUUUAAUUUAUUCAACACAAGUUACUCUUAAAACCUCACUUACACACUAAAGACCUUAAUUAAACUGUUAAAUAGACCCUCAGGUUGGUGUGUCUGACCAGCCACCCCCUAUGGAUCACUAAAUCCAGAACACAAUGUUUGAGUACCAUUCGCAAAGCAAUUACGCAAAUAUUUAAUUAAAUCAUGCUGGCACAGACUAGAAUAGAAUUAAGACUUCUGGGACUAGAUAGAGAGAUACUGUUAGAUAGGAGGGGAGGAAGAAUUCAGCAAACAGACAUUAACCGUGAGUUCUGUGACAACUACUGUAUUUUAAGGGCUGGGAAAUCUACGUUGCAAUAUGUAUUGUUAUGUACGUGUCAUGUUUGUUUUUCAGAGAUUUAGCAGAGUUUGAAUAAAAGGGGGGAAAAACAGCUGUAAAGAAGUUAAAGGGCUACAAUUUUAGUUCCAGCUUUUUAUGCGGAAAUAAUGAAAACUGUAUGUCUGUUGUAAUUUAGAUUUAGAGUUCAGAGUAGAGAUAUGAACAAUGCAGCAAUGUGUCAAUCAAUCACACAAGAAGAGUUAAAGGGGCACUACUCAAUUAUGAAAACUCCAGAAAGGUGUGUUCAGACAGAAGGUGAAGCAAAUGUUCACCUUUUCACUAUUUAUUUGCACAAAUUAGCACACUAGAAUGUUUCUGCAGUCGUUUUUUUAUUCAUACAACAGACGUUUGCUGUACAUUAGCUGGCAACGGAUCAACCGCUUUUGAUUUCUUUCUGGUAUUUUCC